AAAAUCGACCAGCUGUCACGCUAAUUUGUUAUUCAUUCCUGUAAAACAUGUGAAAAAAUUGGAAAUUUCCAUUCAAAGCCAAUUUUGUUGCACUGUUUUGUUAUUUGCAACAACCGCAUUCAAUUUUGAAGUCUAAAACAUGUCUAAUGGUGAAGCAGAGCCGAAUGGAGACUGCGCGAUGCAGACGGAGCAGGCCGCUGAAAAACGCGUUGGUUGUGCCCACUACAAGCGCCGAGCUAAGUUUGUAACGCCAUGCUGCAACAAGUUGUACAUGUGCCGAUACUGUCACGAUGAAAACGAAGAGCACUACUUCAACCGCAAGUCGGUCACCGAGCUCAUCUGUACGGAGUGUGACACUCGGCAGAAAGUGCAGGCGGAGUGUGAGAACUGUGGUGUCCGGUUUGGAAAGUACACAUGUCUGAUCUGCAACCUGUUCGACGACGAGGACAAGCGACAGUACCACUGCGAUGGCUGUGGAAUAUGCCGCGUGGGCGGUCGCGACCGCUUCUUCCAUUGCGAGCGGUGCAAUAUGUGUCUGCCGGUGCAGUUACAACGCGUCGGCCACAGGUGUGUGGAGAACGUGUCCCGCUCCAACUGCCCGGUGUGCUUAGAAGACAUCCACACGUCCCGGAUCCCGUGCCACAUCCCGGACUGCGGGCACUUGCUGCACCGGCCCUGCUUCGAGCAGCUGCUGCACUCGGGACACUACGCUUGCCCUACCUGCCAGACUAGCAUGAUUGACAUGUCCAACCUAUGGAACUACCUGGACUCGGAAGUGGCAGCGACGCCUAUGCCGCCGGAAUAUGCGGACUACAAAGCAACGAUAUUGUGCAAAGACUGUCAUAAGUUGUCCACUGUCAAGUUCCACGUGGUAGGACUAAAGUGCCAACAUUGCGGGGCUUACAACACGUGCCAAACCAAUGGAUUCCACAAAGAAAGCAGCAGCAGCAGUUCGGAAGCCGACUCCUCCACAUCGGCAUCGGGCGCGUCCCGCAGCCGGUCCGGGUCGGCGGGCGCCAUAGAAAACGCCGCGGGGCCCGCGGGGACCGCGGAGCUUCCGCGCGCCAACCCCAUGGACGAGCCGCCGCAGGCCUGACCAAUACGCAGGUACCGCCGCCACCCGCCGCGCCCGCGCCGAUAGCAAGGCGGUAGCAAAGAAUAAAGAUUGCUAGUUGAUGGGUAGAUUAAAAAAUAAUAGUUGAGCGACGGCAGAACGAAAAGUUACUACGGUAGAUUAAAAAUACUAGUUGACGCCGUAAACCAAUUUCAAGAUUUCAAACUCCAUUGUGUCCAUUUGACUAUUAUAUUUACUCGAUAUUAACGAAAGCAGUAGGUACCGCCGCUACCCGCCGCGCCAGCGGACGAAAGUUUGCUAGUUGAUGGGUAGAUUUAAAAGUGGUAAAGUCUGGUCGUCCAGUACGUAGAAUUUCGUCCAAUGACCCCAAGCUACCCAUCCUUAUCACUCGCACGUAAUUAUGUUGCUGUCGCGCUCGCACACUCACUGCGGGCGCGCGAGCGAGUAAUAUAAUUACCUACGCGCGAGCGAUAAGGAUGGGUAGCUUGGGGUCAUUGGACGGGAUUCUACGUGCUCGGCGACUGGACUAUAGUUGACGCCAUUAACCAAUUUCAAGACUUCAAACUCCAUUGUGUCUAUUUGACUAUAACGUUUAUUAUAUUUACUCGAUAUUAACGAAGGCAGUAGGUACCGGUCCGGGUCGCGGGCGCAGAGACCGCGGGGGCCGCGGGGACCGCGGAGCUUCCGCGCGCCAACCCCAUGGACGAGCCGCCGCAGGCCUGACCAAUACGCAGGUACCGCCGCUACCCGCCGCGCCCGCGCCGAUAGCAAGGCGGUAGGACGAUGCUAGUUGAUGGACGGUAGGAUUACUUGUUGAUGGGUAGAUUAAAAGUACUAGUUGACGCCUUAAACCAAUUUCAAGAUUUCAAACUCCAUUAUUGUGUCUAUUUGAAUACUUACUCCACAGUGUCUCUUUAAAUAGUCGACAUUGGCAGGUAACGAUGCUACCCGCAGGCGAUAGCAAGACGGUAGGACGAAAGUUUGCUAGUUGAUGGGUAGAUUGAAAGUGGUAAAGUCUGGUCGUCGAGCACGUAGAAUUUCGUCCAAUGACCCCAAGCUACCU